UAUAUCCUCGUUUCCACCCCAAGCAAAAAGGCGAAAAAGAAAAAAAGAAAAAAGAAAAUAGGGAAAAGCCCGUAUGACCGCCGAGGUCACACAACAAUGAUGAUCUGGACGUGUCACGACAUGCACGAGUUAAGUUGCGGUGGAACCAACACGCCCAAACCAGAAUCCCUAAAAAUCCAAGCUCCAACCGUCGCCGAGUAAACGAAGCGGCAGAAGGUCGAUGUGUCGCUCGUCCGGUCGUUCGGGGCCUAUAAAUCCAGUCCAUCCUGAUGCUCCUCCAUCUCGUCUCCUGGGGUUUCUGCUGCGUCCAAUCUCUGUUCUCUCGUUCAUGACCUGGGAUUUCCACUCUGAUUAUUUAUCCCCAUGAAUCCGGGCAAUAUUUAAUUUCUUAAUCUAAUAAAUACCUCCAUCAUGCCUCUCGACACCGCUCCUUCGUCCUUCACCACCUCCGACGACUCCUUCUCCUUCCGACGACCCUCGCGCUCGCCUCUCCGCUGGGUGUCGCGACGGCUCUCGCGCCCCAAAACGCCGACAGUCAACAGCGCCAGUGAUGAUUCCGAGACUUUGGCCGAGUCGUAUGCCGUCUACUGUCAGACUUCCAGCGCACCCCAACGCCCUCGGCAACGCACGCCCCAACGCGAGUCCGUCCACCUGGACGAGUGGCCGUCCUUCAGCUUCUUACCGGUGGGCGCCCACGGCUUCACUCAGCUCGAACCACCCUCGCCCUCGCCGACGCCACCGCCGCCGCGGGUGCUCACUCCCUCCCGGUACCGCGAGUUCAUCCGAGACCAAGAACCCCCUCGACGGCCGUGGUGGACACGAAUGCUGUGUGGCCGUUGAGACCGGAGACAGAAAGACAGGGGGAGAGAAGAAGAAGAAAAGACAAGGGAAAGAGACAAGCGAGAGAGAUCAGUCGAACAGGGGUAUCCUGAGCUUCGUAUUACAUAUACAACCUAAUCAAUACAACAUGCAAUCCAAUCC